GCGGCGGAAGGGCCCGUGAGGAGCCGGGAGCUGCCACUGCUGCCGCCGAAGGAAGCCGUUGCCGCCGACGCCCUCAGCCUCUGCUUGAACCGGGAGGGAAGAGGCCUGCACAGCCCUCAACAUGCAAGUUGAAAUCAUCACAGAAGGAUAAAGUGCGUCAGUUUAUGGUUUUCACACAAUCUAGUGAAAAGACAGCAGUGAGUUGUUUGUCCCAAAAUGACUGGAAGUUAGAUGUUGCAACAGACAACUUUUUCCAAAAUCCUGAACUUUAUAUACGAGAGAGUGUUAAAGGAUCACUGGACAGAAAGAAGUUAGAACAACUAUAUAACAGAUACAAAGAUCCUCAAGAUGAAAAUAAAAUUGGUAUAGAUGGUAUACAGCAGUUUUGUGAUGAUCUAGCACUCGACCCAGCCAGCAUUACUGUGCUCAUCAUUGCAUGGAAAUUCCGAGCUGCAACACAGUGUGAAUUUUCAAAGCUGGAAUUCAUGGAUGGCAUGACUGAGCUAGGAUGUGACAGCAUAGAAAAACUGAAGGCCCAGAUUCCUAAAAUGGAACAAGAAUUAAAAGAGCCUGGAAGAUUUAAGGAUUUUUAUCAGUUUACUUUCAACUUUGCAAAGAAUCCAGGACAGAAAGGUUUAGAUUUAGAAAUGGCUAUUGCCUACUGGAAUUUAGUACUUAAUGGAAGAUUUAAAUUUCUAGACUUGUGGAACAAAUUUUUGUUGGAACAUCAUAAAAGAUCAAUUCCUAAGGAUACCUGGAACCUUCUUCUAGACUUCAGUACAAUGAUAGCAGAUGAUAUGUCUAACUAUGAUGAAGAAGGAGCAUGGCCAGUUCUUAUUGAUGACUUUGUGGAAUUUGCACGUCCUCAGAUUGCUGGGACAAAAAGUACGACAGUGUAGCACUAAAGGACCCUUCUAGAGUGUACAUAGUCUGUACAAAUAUCUGAAAUGGAAAAAUUGCACAGUCAAUUUCUGCUGGCUGGACUGAACUGAAGAUCAAUCCUCACAAUAUGGCUGAGGGUUGAGACAAACCUUUAAAGAUACAUCUUGGACCAUAUCGUAUUUCAUUCUUCUACUGGUGGUUUGGGCUUUUCUUCUAGUCUGGACCACUCUUGCCCAUUAAAAUUCCAACAUUGUGGAUUUCAUCAUGGAUUUUUUAAUUUUUUUUUUUUUGGUGGACCACCCUAGUUUCAUCUCCCAUAAGUCCUAGAAGCUUUAUAAUUAUUUUGAGGUUUCUGGUUUCAUAUAAAGCACAAUGCUGGUCAUCAUCAGACAGCUGUUGUAUGGCAUCUGAAUUAUACAGAUCAACAUCAAAACACUUUUUAAAAGAAUCCUUAAAUAUACACUUGGGGCUAGUUGCAAAGACUGUAUUGAUAGCACUUCCUGUAAGAGUGAUAUAUUUAAGUGAACCGGGUCUGAUUUCUUCAUUUUUUCCUUUUUUUUUUUUUUUUUUUUUUUUUUUUUUUAAAAAUACAAGUAUCAUCUAAGUAAGUGAGUUUGAGUAUAACAAUUAGAGAAAUAACCAAGAAAACCCGAGGUUGUUGAUACUGGUGUAUCCAGGUGCCUAUCUGAAUGAUUGGUUUGUGCAUCAACUGACUGAGCACACAACUCCUGUGCACUUAAAGCACCCGUGUUUAAUGUUCCAGUCAGCCUUCAGUGAGCAGCAUUGAGAUAAGCUGUGUGUGUCAUGAUAGAAUCUAAUAUACUUUAGGUUAUUCCUAAGAAAUCGGAUUUCGUUGCAGUUUUGAAAUGCUUAUCUGUCUGUCAAAGGUUUUUCAUUUCUGUGGAAAUCUAAAACUUGAAUAUACUGAUUUUGUGUCUUAAUGUUUGCUACACAAUACAGUAUUUUGGAAUUUUUAUGGUUGAGGUAUGACGGAUCAAAUGGCCCCGUUGUACAAGAAGCUGGUGAGUUUGAUGUGAAUUUAAGUUUUGAAACCAUUAUACUGAGAAGUAAGUUAAAUCUUUAAAACAUAGGUACUGCCAUUAUGGAUGACACCCAUUUUUAAAAUUAUCUUGCUGAGUUUCCCUUAAUUGACAUAUCACUGUGGUUGCCAAAUACAGAAAUUUAAGAGUAAAGCUUUCCCAAACAAGCACAGAUCAGAUAUUAAUUACUACACUGGCUUUGUUUGCUUAAAUUAUUUUGUUGAUCCAUCACUACUGCUUAUUGUCUUACUGCAUUUAACUAAAUUGUUUGUUUCAUUCAAAACCAGGUUUAUCAGAUGCAAUUGUUCUUUAAUAUUACAAGAGCUCUUGAGCUGCUUUUGUUCUAAACAUGGUGUUUUACUCCUCACUUGAGUUACUUGUGAAGAGAUUUGAUAAAUACUGCUCUGGAAAACAGAGAACAGGAAGCUCCAGGAACAAAAUAAAAAAAAAAGCAGUUAAAGAUAAAGAUCCAAGUCUGUGCUCCAAAAAGUCCUGUGAUAAGGCUGAAAUUAUUUUUGAAAUGAGCAAUUGGCACUUGCACUAAACAGCAGAACAUUUUUAUGCAAAUGCUAGAAGUAUUUUAGGAAAAAAAAAAAAGCUAUUAAACUGCUAAAUUUGUUUAAUUUGUAUUCUCUGAAGUUGACCGUAAGGCUGGCUCCCCUUAGAGCAGUGCUCUUUUAGGAAAACUCAAUUACACAUUUAUUUCAAGAAUACAGUUCCACAAAAACAUUGCAAACCUCCUCCAGCUACUGGAAUUGGCUAUGCCAGAAAACGUGUGUUUUGCUGCUUUCAGUAUUUCCUUUCUCAAUUUCGUGUAAAUAUAAAUGGGGAUUGAACUUAUGUGGUGGGAGGGGAGGGUGGAAAAAAAGCUCCUCAAGGUAUCUGCGCGUGCUCUUUUCUGUCUCGAGGGUUUUGGUACAGUUUCCGAUGGAGUAUUUCAAGUAUGCUGUGUUUGGCGAGGAGAACUGACUUGCUUUUUAUCCCAGUACAGACUUGUCCUUCAAAAAAAGUCUGAGCUUGGGGAGUGGCUUAAUGCCGUGGUGUUUUAGAGAAUAUUCCUUUCAAAUGCCAGAUCCUUUCAACAAAAUAGUGUUGUCACCAGCUUGGUACUACACGCUUAUAAUUACUGUGUAAUUAUAAAGAAAUACAUAAAACUUUGACUAAUUAUGUUGCAGAAAAGGGUUAUUUGUGCUGUGAUGGCAUCUUAAAAGUUUUUCAAAAUGAAGUUAAAAGUUUCUUUUAACUAGAGUUAAAAGAAACAUUGAUUUAACAGGGUGUUGUUCUAAGGAGAAAAUGCCUGGUUUACAGGGAAUAUUUUGUAUUGAAAUGUGCUCGGUUGUGGUCAUGUGUUUUUUUUUUUCUUUUACGUGUGUGGUUUUUCUUUUUUUUUUUUUUUUUUUAAGAAUGCAGACAGUUGCUUACUUGGAUGGCUUUAAUUCGUAAGUGCUUAUGUCUUCAAUUUGAUGAUCUCCUCUUGAAUGGAUCAGUUUAAUUUUGCCAAAUGUCAAGGAAAAAAGUAAGAUGGCGAACAUAAAACAUUUGUGACCUGUUUUUAUACAUAAAAUAUGUACAAAAUUAGAAGUGCCCUGAUAUAAAACACUUAAUCUUGAGAUUAUAUUUAGUAAAAAAAAAAAUCCAUCAUUUACAUAUCUCUGUAAGUUCAAAUGUAACUUCUUACAAUCCCUCUCAUUACCAACAGAGGCAAUAAAGCUCCAGUGAAAUUGCCAU